UCGAUUUACAUCUCGUUUGUGCGAUAAAGCCAAGAAUGUCGUCGCUGUCGACUUCAUGCAGAAGUUCAUUGAACGAAACAAAGAAUUAAAUUCGCACAGAAACAAUCUACAGCUAAAGUGCGAGAACGUCAUGAAGUUAGAUUUCCCCGACCUAAGUUUUGACAUGGUGUUUUCCAACUGGUUGUUCAUGUAUUUAUACGACGAUGAGGCAAAAACUCUAUUAUCCCGUAUCUUGAAAUGGCUGCGUCCUGGAGGGAUAAUGUUUUUCAGGGAGUCUUGCUACACCAAAGUUGGAAACCAAGGAUGUGAAGACAAUCCAUCAGUGUUUCGCUCACCGCCUGACUACAACAAGAUGAUCAACUCUGUAACUGCAAAGACGGAGAAUGGUUCUUUUGGUUUUAAUGUACUAAUACAUGAACCGGUUGAAACCUACAUUAAAUACAAACGAAACCAACAUCAGAUAUAUUGGAUCAUGGAGCGUGUCGAAGUCUAGAACAUACAGCACGACUAGUUACUUACUGUCGAACUGUCAACAUGAUUAGGGUCCAAACAGAUUAAAAUUUAAUACGAAUAAAAUGUAUUCCAGAAUAUAAGUUGUAUUGUGUUAAAAUAUAGCAAGUUGUAUUAUUUAUUGAUCUGCAUC